AUGAAAACAUUUAGAGAUUUUAAAAAAAAAAUAAAAAAUAAUAAUAAUAAUAAAAAUAAUAAAAAUAAUAAUAUUAAUAAUAAUAACAGUAAUAAUAAUAAAAAUAAUAAAAAUAAUAAUAAUAAUAAUUCGAAUAAUAUAUAUACACCAAGUAUUUCAAUAAUUGAUAAUUAUGAUACAUUAUGUUCAACGCCACAAAAUUUGAAAUCAAAUUUAAAAAAAAAUUUAAAUAUUAAUAAUCAAGAAUUUAUAACAUCAAAUAUUUUAGAAAUUGAUUGGAAUACAAUAAUAGAUAUUGAAAUUAUAGAUUUUGGAAAUUCUAUAGUUUGUUUAUUAGUUACAUUAUCAAGUGAUAAUUUACAUUUUAAUCAAAUUUUAAUAAAAUCAACACCAACUAUUGCACAAGAAUGUUAUGCAUCAGUUUUACAAAAUAUUUUAAAAUUACCAAUUUUAGAUUUAAGAUUAUUAGAAAAAAAUAAUGAAUUUUUAGAAAUGUCUUCAAAUUUAUUAGAUUUUUCAAAAGAUGAUCAAUUUUUAAAUGAUUUUAUAAAAUCUGAAUUUGAAAAAACAUUUUUUUUAAUAAUGGAAUUUAGACAAAAUGGUAAAAAAUUUAAUGAAUUAAAUCAUAAAGAAUAUUUUUCAGGAUACAAAGGUCAAGAAAAAUUUAAACAACUUGGUAAAAUAAUAGCGUUUGAUAUAUUUUGUAAUAAUUUUUGUAAAACAAAUAUAGCAGGAGAUGAUAGUUCGAUUUACUUUUCAAAUAUAAUAUGUUACGAAACACCAAAUAAAAAUGGAUGGUAUUUUUCAUUAAUAAAUUCAAAUAUAAGUUGUUUAAAUAAUAGUUUAUUCACAAUUGGUUAUAGAUAUCAUAUGAAUAGUUUAAAAUUAUUAUUGUUUUCAAUAUUUCAAAAUCCAAGUACCGAAUCUUUUCAAAUUAGAAUGAUGAGAGAACAUCUCUUAAAAAAGUUAAAUAUAAAGUUACCAAAAUCAUCGGCAGUUUACAUUCAAAAAGGUAUUGCAAAAGGUAUAAAAUCAAUUGUAAAUUAUAUAAAUUAUCCAUUAUUAGAAAAUACAAAAGAUAAAGUUAAAAAUAUUGUUAGUUGCGAUAAUUAUAAUAUUUGGAAAAAAGGUAUUGAUUCAAUUCAUUGUCCAUUUCUUUUAGAUGUCCUAAAUGAAAUUGAAAUUGAAAUUUCGAAUCGUAGAGAAAAAGUUUAUUUUGUUAAAAUUUAA